AUGCACACGCUCUGCGCGGGUGGCUGUCUGUGCAUUGCCAAGGAAGAGGAUAUACUCAACGAUUUAUCCAGCGUGAUUCGCCAGUUCCAGCCAACCUUGAUCAAUGUCACUCCUACCGUCUUGCGCACGAUACAGUCGCCUCAGCCUACCUUGGAGACGAUUCUGCUGAGCGGAGAGAUGCCCUAUGGCGACAACAUUACGCGCUGGGCAGACCAGGUCCGUCUCCUCAAUACAUAUGGACCGACUGAAUGCACCUUCAAGUGUGCGUUUUCAGUCCUGGAUGCGACUUCCGCUGAUCGACCAGACCUCGGAGUCGGAGUUGGCUUUUCGACAUGGAUUGUGAGUCCUAAUGAUGCCUCUCAACUGGCGGCGCCAGGAAGUGUUGGUGAAUUGUACCUAGAAGGUCCAAUGGUGGGGCAGGGCUACUUGGCCGACGCCGAAAAGACAUCACUGUCAUUUAUUGUUGAUCCUCCGUGGCUGCUGGCUGGCAGUCAAAACGUUCCUGGCCGAUCCGGCUGUGUCUACAAAACUGGUGAUCUGGUCAAGUACCUCUCCGAUGGUCGCCUUCUUUUCGUCGGACGCGUUCAAGGCGGCCAACUGAAAAUCCGUGGCCAGCGAGUGGAACUGGGCGACGUGGAGUAUUAUGUACGAACCUGUCUGGGCAAUGAAUUGGCUGUGAUUGUUGAUGCGAUAUACCCCAGCGAUCGUGACGCAGCAUCUUUAGCAGUGUUUGUCGAGACAUCUGGACAGGAUUUGCAGAAGAUCCACGACAGAUUGUCGAACCUUCAGCAGAAGAUCUGCGAAAUUCUUCCACUUUUCAUGAUCCCAAGCGUCUUCUUUCCAGUCAACGAAUUUCCGGUAGCGGCCACGGGAAAGUUGGACCGAAAACGACUGUGAGAGCUGGCGAGCGGCUUGGAGUGGAA